UCACAGAGUUGGUCCUCCAGAGACAGAGAGGCCGGAAGUGCUCUUCGUCAAGCCGCGCGUCUUUUGGGUGGCGACGCUGAGGCGGCGUGAAUCUGGUCCGCUGGCUUCUUGGCGCUGUCGCUGCAGUAGCAGGUCCUCGUGAGGGGUUUGGGGGUUCUGGGCGGGCACAAUGGCGUCUCGGGCAGGCCCGCGAGCGGCCGGCACCGACGGCAGCGACUUUGAGCACCGGGAGCGCGUCGCCAUGCACUACCAGAUGAGUGUGACCCUCAAGUAUGAAAUCAAGAAGCUGAUCUACGUACAUCUGGUCUUAUGGCUGCUGCUGGUUGCCAAGAUGAGCGUGGGACACCUGAGGCUCUUGUCACAUGAUCAGGUGGCCAUGCCCUAUCAGUGGGAAUACCCAUAUUUGCUGAGCAUUUUGCCCUCUCUUUUGGGCCUUCUCUCUUUUCCUCGCAACAACAUUAGCUACCUGGUGCUCUCCAUGAUCAGCAUGGGGCUCUUUUCCAUCGCUCCUCUCAUUUAUGGCAGCAUGGAGAUGUUCCCUGCUGCACAGCAGCUCUACCGCCAUGGCAAGGCCUACCGUUUCCUCUUUGGUUUUUCUGCCGUCUCCAUCAUGUACCUGGUGUUGGUGUUGGCAGUCCAAGUGCAUGCCUGGCAGUUGUACUACAGCAAGAAGCUCCUAGACUCUUGGUUCACCAGCACACAGGAGAAGAAGCGUAAAUGAAGCCCGAUGGACUGCUCUUAGGGGUGAAGCUUGGACCUCUCAUUGAACAAAGGGACAGUAAUAGAGCGGGUUCUAAAAUCCCUUCUGGUGAUUUUAGCAACUGUGAUGUUGGUACCUGGUGCAGACCAGGCCAAAGUUCUGGAAAGCUGUUGCAAUCUGCUGAGGUGGCAAAACUAUAAUUUAUUCCUGGUUGGCUAGAACUGACCAACAGCUAUGAAACAAACUUCAGCUGUUUGAAGUUGGGGCAUUUUGAGGUUUUUAAGAAUGAGCUUCAUCCUUGCUUCCUCUCAGUCAUUCUCCCCAUUUCCAGCCAUUACCCCUUAGCCACCAAGACUGAAGGAAAUAGGGAAUAAAUCAAAUUCUUCAUCUGUAGGUCAUGGGUCAGGAAGUGUUUGGGAAGCUGCUCCCCCUCCAGGCUGUGGUCUCUUCUGCAAACUAUUUUAAUUAAAAAUCUCAAUAAAGAUGGCCCUGUCCACACUGUG